AUGAUGGCAGAGGUGAUUAAUAAUGGUCCUAAUAAUGAUCAUCCUUCCGGAAACAAAUAUGAGAUACUGGAACAAGGUUCUAUAUCAAAUGUUCAAGUUGAAUUUAUAUCAAGAUUUUUAUCGGAAUGUCCGGAAGCAGCUUUAAGUGUACACAAGUUUCUGCAGACAAAUUAUUCCAAGUCAAAUCAGCAACAGCAAAUAGUGCAACCAGUGAAUUCAACUCCAAAGCGUAAACAUCCUCUAGAUGAUAGUGGAGGUUCAAUCAAUAAUGGAAGAGGUCGUCGUAAAUAUCCUCGAAAAGGUAUCGACAACAAUGCACAAAAGCUAUCGCAUAAUGUACAACAAGAUAUUAAUUUACAACCACAACAAUCAUCGUCGUCAAUGUCGUCAGGUGAAAGACAACAUCAAGGGAUAAAUCAGACUACUACGAAUCGUAAACGAAUUUCUUUUAAUCAACUGAAGCACGCGGUAUCUUCUAAUCUACCAUGUUUUUUUAUUGAAUUCAGUUCGGAUGCUGAUCGUCAUAGUAUUCCAACAGCUCUUCAUGCAAGUGAUCUUAUACUUAAAGAACUACAAUCGAAGGGUGUUUUAAUUAAUAAGUUUACAUUAGUAGGAUGGGCAGGGGAAAAGCUCAAGUUAGGUGUUAAUAAUAAAGAAGAUUAUGCUACUCUCGUUGGUUCGGAUAAAUGGCCUACAAAGAUAAAUGGGAUUGAUAUUGUCGUCAUGAAACCUAAAUAUAUACCCGAUUCAUUUGCUCUUGUAGUUCGAUAUGUUCCUAGGGAACUAGAUGAAAAUUUUGUCUCAAAUGAAAUACAGAGAACAAUUGCCUCUGCAGAUCGAAUUAAACGUAUUCACUAUUCCUACCAAAGAAGAACAGAUGAUUAUCGAUUCGAUGUUAAAGAUUAUAGUGAAUAUAAUGCUGUGCUGCAACUGGGUCGAAUUGCAAUAGGUCAUUCGUGGUUAUCGAUCACCAAGUUUUAUCCGGGAAACCGUCUAACUUACUGCACGAAAUGUUGGUGUAUAGGUCAUUUAAGAAAUAAAUGCAACUCAGUAAACAAAUGUCGAAUUUGUCUUGAAAAUUUGAGUGUGGAUACUCUGCAUAUGUGUAAAAAUGAACCGAAAUGUGCUCAAUGUGAUGGAAAUCAUCAUUCAUUAGAUAGUCAGUGUCAAGUUAUUAAAGAAUAUAAAGACGAAUUAAAAAAGGAUGUUGAAGAUGCGAUUCAAAAAGGAUUAUUACAGCGAUUUUCAAUGCAAGAAAAAUCUCCUACAUUCGAACUUCGUGAACAAGAUUUUCUACCAUUAGCAGCAAGUGAUAAUCAUUCUAAUAAAAAAUGGAAUAUUGCUCAAUCUCGUACAACGGUCGAGUCGAAUUUUUUACGUACAUCAGAUACAGAAAAAACAAUUGAAUCUAUUAAUGAUAAUCUGACAAAGCUUAUCGAUAGUAACCAACGACUAGAAAAUAAAGUCGAUUUACUAUCAUCAAACAUAAAAAUCGUUAAUCUCGACACUCAGCUACAUCAAGCAGUCCUAGCGGAUACCAUCAACAUUAUGAAAGAUUUUAUUCAAUAUUUCAUACCAGCAUCGUUAACUACUGGCAAAAUUGAAAGAUUUUCGCUGGUACCUGUGGUGAAAGAAUACUACAAUCGCUUUCAGGCCGCGUCCUCAAGAUUAAUAAAUGGCUUCCAAUUAAAUCACCAGGUUCAGCUGAUUCCAACUACGUAUAAUAAUAAUAACACUGCUCAAACCGAUCAACAGCCUUCGUCAGUAUACAAAUCAACACAUAAUGCUAAGUAG